AUUUGACAAUUCAACUCUUUCUAGAUUUUAUUGUUACUGAAAUAUAUUUCUAUGUUGGAGAAAAUUCUAAGCAGUUCGGGUCAUAUAAUAAUAUACAAGUUUGGUUAUACAAUUCAUGAAGCAAAACAUCAACUUCCCAUUCUGUUUCUAAACGCAGUGAUCUACCAAUGGAGAUCAUGGUGGGUGGGAAAAGCUAUGGGUAGAAGGAAAAACACUUUGGGAUUAAGGAGAAGCGACUCCCCUUGUUGUUCAUCUCUGCGAAACGGGUUCAUUACCUAAUGGAAGAGCUUUAAUUCCCAGAUGUGGAACCGGCUAUGAUGUGGUUGUGAUGGCAAACUCUGACCGUCAUGUUGUUGGACUUGAUCUUUCGAAAACCUCAGUAGAAAGAUAAACCACGGUUUGUGGUCUAGAUUUUAUCAGUUGGUGGAUGCUUGAAAAUAUGUGAAAAGUUGAUGUUUAAAUCUCAAAUGCAGAUGUUCUCUACAUUGCCUAAUUCAAAACAUUUCACCUUCUUGCAAGAAGACUUUCUUCACUUGGGAGCCAACAGUGAAAUUCAACCUCAUUUUCGACUACAAGUAGAUGAUCAUGUUGGAGGACCUCCUUACCAAGUAUCAGUAUCAGCCUAUGAAGAGCUUUUGGUUCCCUUAGGGUUUGAGGUAAUCUCUAUAGUGGAUAACCAACUUGUUCCAGAUACACGAAAGGGAAUGGAAAAAGUUGGCAGGUGGAGGAAGAAGAAGAAGAAGUCUUUGUAAUGAAUCCCCUCAAUGUCGUCUCUUAUGCAUAUAUGGCUCUUCUAUACUAAACACAAUCAAUAAAGAUUACAUUAUAGUGCACAUCUGAAAUGGGUCCAAACGUUACAUAUUGUAAUAAUAAAAUGAGGAAGCAAUGUCUAAA